AUGGCGACCAAAGUGAAUUCCGUUCCGAUCCCGACUGUCAUCGAGGUCGACCCUUUCGUUCCUGCAGAGAAGCAGAAGGGCAUUCAUAAUCGCUGGCACCCCGACAUUCCCCCAGUGGCUACUGUCAAGCCUGGAGACGUCUUCAAAGUCCAGUGCGUCGACUGGACUGGUGCACAGAUCGGCAAUAAUGACUCCAGCGACGAUAUCAAAGACGUCGAUUUGACAAAGGUCCAUAACCUCUCUGGCCCCGUAGCCAUUGAGGGUGCGGAACCCGGAGACUGUCUCGUCGUUGACAUCCUCGAUGUUCAGCCGUUUGACAAGAUGCCUUGGGGAUAUACCGGCAUCUUCGAGCUCGACAACGGUGGUGGUCUCUUCGCCAAGGAGUUCAAGUCACGCGCGGCCAAAGCGAUUUGGGACUUCCACGGGGUCUACGCAUCCUCGCGGCACAUUCCCGGCGUGCGCUUCGCCGGAGUCUCGCACCCAGGUCUGAUCGGUACUGCACCCUCGCAGGAGCUGCUCGACACCUGGAACACCCGCGAGGGCGCGCUCAUCGCGAAGCACCCUGGUGCCGUCCCUGCUGUCGCAUUCCCCCCGGAACCCGUUGGCGCGUACGUCGGGCAGGACUUGCCGGACUAUAUCAGAGCGAAGGUGUACAAGGAGGGCGCAAGGACUAUUCCUGGCCGGGAACAUGGUGGUAACUGCGAUAUCAAGAACUUGUCGAAGGGGUCUCGGUGCUACUUCCCGGUGUUCAUCAAGGGCGCAAACUUGUCCGUUGGAGACCUACACUUCUCUCAAGGCGAUAUGUCCUUCUGUGGUGCCAUCGAGAUGGCUGGUAUCAUCACGUUCAGCUGCAGCAUCAUCAAAAAUGGUAUCGAGAAAUUCGCAUUGAAGCAGCCUAUUUUCCUGCCAUCUCCUGUUGAUCCGAUGUAUUCUGCCAAGCUCAUCUUCGAAGGGAUUAGCGUGGACUACCAUGGCGAUGGUACCCAGUACAAUAUGGAUGCAACUGUGGCCUACAAGCAGGCAGCCCUCAAUGCCAUCGCGUACCUGCAGAAGGUCACACGCCAACAAGCAUAUCUUCUCCUCUCCGCCGCCCCGGUAGAGAGUCACGUCGGCGCCAUAGUGGAUUCGCCGAACGCGUGCGUAACUCUCGCACUACCGAUUGGCAUCUUCGAAGACGAUAUUUUGCCACGGGAAGAUGGCUUGGUUGCGAAGUCGAGGGGUCAAUGCGCUAUCCGCACCGAUGGUCUCGUCGAUUCGUAG